AUGGAAAUGGAAAAUGCAAGUUUUCCUAACACUUUUAUCCUGUUGGGCUUCUCUGAGUUUCCAUGGUUGGAGAGGCCCCUCUCUGCAGUGGUCCUUGUCUCCUACCUCCUCACCCUGGUGGGGAAUAGCUCCAUCAUCCUCCUCUCUCUGCUGGACCCCAGACUCCAGAUGCCCAUGUACUUCUUCCUGGACAACCUCUCUCUACUGGACCUCAGUGUAACCUGUACCACUGUGCCCCAGCUGCUGGUCAAUCUCUUGGGAGCAGACCACACAAUUGCUGCCUGGGGCUGCAUCACACAACUCUAUGUUUAUACCUGGACGGGUGCCACUGAAUGCAUCCUGCUGGCCAUGAUGGCCAUUGAUCGCUAUAUGGCCAUCUGCCGGCCCCUCCAGUACACUCUCACCAUGCAUCCAUGGGUUUGUGCACAGAUGGCAGCUGCCUCCUGGUCCAGUGGCCUGGCCAGUUCUCUGCUCCAUGCCACACUUACCCUCCAGCUCCCCCUCUGUGGGCACCACAGCCUGGACCACUUCUUCUGUGAGGUGCCUGUGCUCAUCAAGCUGUCCUGUGGGGACACCUCAGCUAAUGAGCUGGCCUUGGCUUUAGGAGCCAUCCCAUUUGGAAUAGUGGCUCCCCUGAUGGUGGUCAUCUCCUACAUCUUUAUUGCCAGGGCUAUACUGAAACUACCUACACCUGAAGGAAGACACAAGGCACUCAGCACCUGCAGUUCCCACUUGCUGGUGGUCACCAUGUACUUUGGACCAGGCAUCUACAUGUACCUCCAACCCCCAGCAAAGAGCACACAUGCCAAGUUCAUGUCCUUCUUCUACUGCAUUAUCACCCCAGUGCUCAACCCACUCAUCUACACCCUGAGAAACAAGGAUGUGAAGAUAGCAUGGAAGAGAGUCCUGCAAUCCCAGGGUGAGGUGAAGUCUUGUAAACCCAGAAGAUCCUUGCCUGUAUCUUGA